AUGACCUCCGCUAGCGGCGCCGGCAAGCCUGGCAAGAAGGCCUCUGCCGCCCGCCCCCUCUCCGGCCUGUCGCUGAAGCCCGCCAUCCCCUAUGUCUACCUCAACCGCCGCAACAACAGCACCGCCAAGCAGACCUCGGCCGCCCAGCCCAACACCACGUCCAACGGCUCUUCCCUCAAGAUUCAACACAACGCUGAAGCCGCGACCCCUGAGACUGUCGUCACCGUGCUCGACACCAAGGAGGACGCUGCUGCCGAGGCAUCGUCCACGGCUGCGAGCAACAUCGACGAGGAACAGUCUGACACGGCCCCUACGCCUGCUGCUGUUGUCCCUGCUCCUGCUGCUGUCCCACACCAGGCCGUCAUUUCUCCGACUCCUUACAGCAUGCCUCCUGCUUUCCAGCCAACCCCUCGUGCUCUGGGCCUGGGCACCAACGGCGACAUGCGGCCCUUACCCCGCCACGGGCUCAACGGUCCGGCUCACAUGCACCACCCGCACCCCAGCAACGGCAGCCUUCAGUUUGGCCACUUUGACUCGAACAACUCGUCGCCGGCUCCUCCUCCCCAUUCGGCCGGGUUCGCGCCGCCGCCCGGGCUCGGCGGCCUGCCCAACGGUCAGCGACCCUUCCCUGGUCAUGGCCAUACGGCUUCGGGCCAUGGAUACCCUCCGCAGAUGCCCUACGGCACCGAGUUUGUGCCCGUCACCUCGGGCGACGCCUUCGGCCGUUCCUCUGUCGCGCCUGCUGGCAUGGAGCACUACCCCCACCAGCAUCACGGCCAUGGCGGCCCGAACGGCGUCGUGGCAAACCACGAUGAUCGUCGUCACCACCACCAUCACCAGCAGCACCAGCAGCAUCAGCACCAGCAUUCGGCCUAUGGUCCUGCCCACCAGAGGAUGAUGUCCAACCACAUGCCCCCGCCGCACAUGAUGCAGCAGCAGCAGAUGCAGGAGGCACAGAACAGCGUGGAGGGUUUGUUUGGUUACCUGCAAUCCCAGUUCACUGACCUGACAUUUGUCGACUGCACGCUCGAGCUUCGUUACCUCGAUGACCGCGCGCCCCCUGUUCGCAUCCCUGGCCACCGACUCGUCUUUGCUCGCAGCCAGCCUCUGCGUAACCUGCUGCAGACCACCAGCCACAGUGACAGCCACUCUCGCGGAAUGGACGCGGAGACCAUCCUCCUCAAGACGGACGACAAGUACAUCAAUUCGAGCACCUUCUGGAUGGCCAUCCAGCGGCUCUAUUCCUUCCCUCUCCUCAGUGGCCCUCCCGAGGGAGCUUCCAUGGGCGACGGCAACCUGACGCUCGCCGGAAACGCGGAUACCCGCUUCGACUUUGCCCUGGGCUAUGCCGCCGCCGGAAAGCUGCUGAACUGGGACCCCAUCAUCCAGCGCGGUAUGCAGGUGGCAGCCGACCACCUGAGCUGGUCGACCCUCGAAAAGGCGCUGGAGUUCAUCCUCGGUGACCUGCCAGGCCGUGCGUCUGCUGACCGCCAUGCUCCUUUUGCCUACGGCGAGCAGGUCCAGAUUCUCAUGACGGGCGUUAUUUCCUUCAUCAUCAACAACUUCCCCGCUUACUUCCGCCUCGACACCUCGGUCGCGGACCCCGAGUCCUUCGCCCGCAUCCCUAACGUGCCGGCACCGGCCAAGUCGACGGGCACACCGCCUAUCGCUCACGGCACCUCCGUCCACCUGGGAGCGGGCCGACGUGCUCGGCCCAUGCACAUCAAGUUUGGCGACAUGGGCGGCUCGUCAGCGUCCCAGGACCAGGACGGUGCCAACGGCGAGGUGCCAAACCUGACACCUCAGCAGCGCGCCGUCAACUCGACUCUUUCGCGCGUUCUCCUCAACCUUCCGUUCGCCUACCUCAAGCCCGCCCUAGAGUCCAGCGUCUACGGCAAUGUCUCGAGCUGGGCCAACUCGGAGGCUCGCCACCAGAUCAUGGUGUCCGUCGUGUCGGAGCGUGAGCUGCGGCGUCUGCGGGCACUCGAAGGUGUCAAGGAGGGACGCGUUCCGCACGCGGGACAGAUCCGCCACUCGCUGCAGAGCGUGGAGCCACGCAACGGCGGCGACGUGUGGCACAUUCUCGGAUGGCAGGAGGAGAUGGUUCCCUACCACGGCGAGGGCGCCUCGCUGGGCCGCAAGUGGACUCCGCUGAUGUACGCGCGCGAAAACGGCGGCUCGGACCACCAGCACGCCGUGGCUGCGUACCCUUAG